GGAGGUGACACGCUCGGCUCACUGCAAAGAGAGCUGUGUCCUGUGGAGGGGAACUUCUGUGGCGCUCCGGGUGUGGCUUCAAACGUGAGAAAUCUCCAAGAAUGCGCUAACAGAGGUGCGGACUUUAACGAGGCAAAUAGACCACCGGGGGACAAGUUUAACUGAGAGUGAAUGUCAUUUUCCUUGAAAGUUUAACCCGCUGGACAACUUUGAGCCACUUGAAGAGGACCAAUGCUGGGUUGUUGACGUUCCUACCUUCUACCACGGACUAUCACUGGGUUGAAAAUCAGUCUGGCAUCGCUGGAGUGAACCGCUUUUUCAUGCUUUUUGCGCGCUGCCUCUGAUGAGUGGAUUUUGUCACGUUAUUUGACGCUCUUGAAAAAGGGAAGUUGUCGCCUAUAGCUCGACAACUUCUGCCCUAGCUGCGAUUGACCAGAAAAACAGGGCUACCCGAGUCGGUUGGUCCAUUUUAUACUUUUUUUUUCUCCUUGGGUAUUUUCCACUUAACCGCAGACCUGAAGCGCGCACUGGGAACCAUGGGUUGUACGGUCAGUCAGGAAGACAAGGCGGCGGCGGAGCGGUCGAAAAUGAUUGACAAAAACUUACGAGAGGAUGGAGAAAAAGCAGCGAGGGAAGUCAAACUGCUGCUGCUCGGUGCUGGAGAGUCGGGCAAGAGCACCAUUGUGAAGCAGAUGAAGAUUAUCCACGAGGAUGGGUACUCAGAGGAGGAGUGUAAACAGUACAAAGCUGUGGUCUACAGUAACACCAUCCAGUCCAUCGUCACCAUCCUCAAAGCCAUGGACCACCUCAAGAUCGACUACGAGGACCCGGCUAGAGCGGACGAUGCACGGCAGUUGUUCGCGCUCUCCUCCACAGCAGAGGAGCAGGGGUCGAUGCCCGAAGAACUGGCCAACGUCAUCAAGCGUCUUUGGGCUGAUGGAGGGGUGCAGAGCUGCUUCACACGGGCCAGAGAGUACCAGGUCAACGACUCCGCUCCAUAUUACCUGAACGACCUGGAGAGGAUAUCCAGACAGGACUACAUCCCGACACAGCAGGACGUGCUCAGGACCAGGGUGAAGACCACAGGCAUCGUAGAGACUCACUUCACCUUUAAGGACCUGCACUUCAAGAUGUUUGACGUUGGCGGUCAGCGUUCAGAGAGGAAGAAGUGGAUCCACUGUUUUGAAGGAGUCACGGCCAUAAUCUUCUGUGUGGCCAUGAGCGCGUACGACCUGGUGCUGGCGGAGGACGAGGAGAUGAACCGUAUGCACGAGAGCAUGAAGCUGUUUGACUCCAUCUGUAACAACAAGUGGUUCACUGAGACGUCCAUCAUCCUGUUCCUCAAUAAGAAGGACCUUUUUGAGAAGAAGAUCCAGCACAGCCCUCUGACCAUCUGCUUCCCCGAGUACACUGGGCCUAACACCUACGAGGACGCCCAGGCCUACAUCCAGGCCAAGUUUGUGGAUCUGAACCGGAGGAAGGACACAAAGGAGAUCUACCCUCACUUCACCUGUGCCACAGACACCAAGAACGUGCAGUUUGUGUUCGACGCUGUCACCGACGUCAUCAUCAAGAACAACCUGAAGGACUGCGGCCUCUUCUAAAGCACCACACAAACACAGAUUACUUGAACAGUUGAUAUUGAUGGGGAACCCGUGCACUGGCUCCAGCUCCGAUCUCCACUUUUUCUAAAGAGACUGAGACCAACCCUGCACCACACACACAUUUAAGACCGUAUUUUAUUAUUUUAUUCUUUUAUUUCUCUAGACGACGUGAAAGAGGAAGGAUUUUAUAUAUAUACCGUGCAUUCAUUUUACCUUUACCUUGAUGUGCAAAUUAUUCAACUUUUAAUCAUGUUAUUUUUUAAAUAGAGAAAGAAGAAGCGCAGACAUGGGACAUUGUAACGUUUCAAUGAAAUAUUAAUGUGUUUUUAUAUAAUGUUUACAAAAAAUCAUAGUUGACCAUCUUCUAUUGUGCAUAAGAGGAAUUGGAGCAGACAUUUUCUGCACAAAAUGAUCCAACAUUCCAAUAAAAAUAUUUAGAAAAGAAUUUAUGAAAAAUGUCAGUUGAUACGUUGCAGCUGGCGUCAUCAACAUUCUCUGGGGGUGUGAAGCUAACUGGAGGCACUGCCCUGUCUGAAGCUAUGUUACUCAAGUUGGACUUAAAUCUGAGCUUUGUUUUAACUCAAUCUGACAACUUCUGACAAAUCAGACAACAUAUUUGGUUUGCUAAUAUGUGCAUUGUGUCACCGCGGAACUUUCUGCCUUAGACAUAGAUGCAGUACACCCCCAGCAUGAUGUCACUGCAAAGUAUCAAUUAUAUUUCAAGUGUGUAUAAUUUUAAUAGCAUCAUUAUUUUUCCAUUUCUGUUGCAGUAUGUUGUGCCUUGACUUCAGUUUACAAUGACUCCUAAUGUAUAUUCCCUGUAGUACUGUCUGACCUACUGCUCUAUAUACAUUUUAGUCCUCCAUUUUUCUGCUUAGCACCUAUCAAUCCAGCAUAGUGAUUAUUAAUGAGACGACAUCUAAUUCAGAAAAAAAAAUGGUUAGUGUUUUUGGUAAAUAUUAAAUGUUUAAAGUCCGUUUAUGGUUUAAUUUAAAUAAAACUAGAGAUCACCUGCAGUUGUUUGACUUUACUCUCAUUGUGUUGUAUACAUACUUUGUACACUGAAUUCUGAUCAUGUAUUAAAAUGCUCAACUUUG